UCCCGUUUGAUAUGGUUUGCCGCCGAGUGGAUUGAACGAGGGCUUUAUGCCUCUCGCCCUCCUGUCCCAUCUCCGCUCGAUCCGAGGAAUCCCCCAAGAGAGGAAGUGAAAUGGCGACGCCCGCUCUCCCUCUCGACGACGACGACAACGAUGAAUUCGACUGGGAGGCGGCCGUUCGGGAGAUCGAUGACGCCUGCCAACUCGCCUCCGCCUCGACCUCCACCUCGAACCCGCAAGGUUUUGCCACUCCUGUCGCGACGGCGGGAGCUCCGGCUAAUUUAUGGCGACGUGGCGGUGAGGGCCGGCAGUCUACUCUAGAUAGAUUCGUUGUGGACUUUCACGGCACAAAACGCACCAGGAAUGAUGAUGGGAAUCGUUUUGGAUCCCGUGGUCGGGAGGCGAAGGAGGAGCAGAAUCUUGUUGGUGGAGAUGAGCAGCUUGCUGUCGAUAUCGACCUUGAAGCUGCCAAAACCUGGAUUUAUCCUGUGAAUGUGCCUCUUCGUGAUUACCAGUUCUCUAUUGCAAGGACUGCUCUAUUUUCAAACACAUUAGUAGCAUUGCCAACAGGACUGGGUAAAACACUUAUUGCUGCUGUGGUGAUGUAUAACUACUAUAGAUGGUUUCCUGAAGGUAAAAUUGUAUUCACUGCCCCUUCACGACCUCUUGUUAUGCAACAGAUUGAAGCAUGUCAUAAUAUUGUUGGGAUACCUCAGGAGUGGACAAUUGAUAUGACAGGUCAAAUGAGCCCUCCAAAACGAUCGGCUUUCUGGAAAUCCAAGAGAGUUUUUUUUGUCACUCCACAAGUGCUAGAAAAGGACAUUCAAUCUGGCAUAUGCUUGGUGAAGCAACUUGUUUGUUUGGUGAUUGAUGAAGCGCAUCGGGCUUUGGGGAACUAUUCCUAUUCGGUCGCAGUUCGUGAGUUAAUGACUGUUCCUGUGCAGUUAAGAAUUCUCGCUUUGACAGCAACUCCUGGAUCAAAACAGCGGACGGUUCAGAAUGUCAUUGAUAAUUUGCAUAUCUCAACCAUGGAGUAUCGCAGUGAAAGUGAUCAUGAUGUAAGCCCAUAUGUGCAUAACAGGACACUCGAAUUAAUACAGGUUGCAAUGAGCGAGGACGCAAGUGUGAUUAAUAAUUUGUUGUUGGAAGGUAUACAUCCAUAUGUGGCUCGGCUUUGUACAAUUGGCGUGUUGCACAACAGGGAUGCUGCAAAAUGGAGCCCCUGUGAGUUACUUAAUUCAAGGGAUAAAUUCCGUCAAGCACCUCCAUCAAGUCUUCCACAUGUAAAAUAUGGAGAAGUAGAGGGAUGUUUUGGUGUUCUAAUUACCCUUUAUCACAUAAGGAAGUUGCUUUCGAGCCAUGGUGUGAGGCCAGCAUAUGAUAUGCUUCAAGAAAAACUGAGGCAAGGGUCAUUUGCGAGAAUGAUGUCCAAGAAUGAAACCGUCUUGAAAGCAAAACUUUUAAUGCAGCGGAGCUUGUCACAUGGUGCUCCAAAUCCGAAGUUAGUAAAAAUGACAGAAAUUCUAAUGGAUCAUUUCAAAAGAAAAGAUUUCAAGGAGUCGAGAGUGAUCAUCUUCUCCAAUUUUAGGGGGAGCGUCAGAGAUAUAAUGGACACAUUAUCUAGCAUUGGUGACCUUGUUAAAGCCACCGAGUUUGUCGGGCAAAACUCAGGUAAAACACUGAAGGGACAAUCUCAAAAAGUGCAACAAGCUGUUCUACAGAAAUUCCGAACUGGCGGUUACAAUGUGAUUGUGGCAACAUCAAUAGGUGAAGAAGGUUUAAAUAUUACGGAAGUUGAUCUUGUUAUUUGCUUUGAUGCAAAUGUUUCACCUCUGAGAAUGAUCCAGCGCAUGGGAAGGACUGGAAGGAAGCAUGAUGGGAGAGUAGUAGUUCUAGCUUGUGAAGGAUCUGAGCUCAAGGGAUACUUAAAGAAACAAGCAACCAGCAAGACUGUAAGGAAGCACAUGCAUAAUGGUGGAAUCAAUAGCUUUAACUUUCAUGAUAGCCCUAGAAUGGUUCCACAUAUUUGUAAGCCGGAAGUGCAGUUUGUUGAACUGUCAAUAGAACAAUUUAUCCCUCGUGGAAAGAAAAUAAAAGAGGAAUCAGGACAUCAAUCCCCGUUUCUGAAUAAAAUUUCAAAAGAAGAGCAUGAUCUAAUUUCUAGGUAUUUUGAUCCAUCCAAAACGGAUACCUGGAGACCAUCUCUUAUUGCCUUCCCCGGCUUCCAAACUUUCCCUUCUGCAGUACAUAUAGUAAGACACUCAUUCAAGACAACAAUGAUGUUAAUUGAUGCUAUGCAACGUCUUGAAGGACUAUCAUUUUCCAGAGCCAAGAAGGAUCUGAUGGUUGAGGUUGCCGCCUCAAGUCAAUCCAUUGCUGGUAUGAUCACUUCACAGAAUAAUACUAUGCAAGAUACCACUAAAGAUUGUACUGAUGUUCAAAAUGAUGCUCCAGAAAAUUUGUUACAAGGGAGAACUUCUGAUGUUGAAGAACCAGCUAGUGGAACUUCUAGAAGUAAAGACGGGUCUGGUGCCACCAUCUGUACGCCCCCCACUCAUAGAUUUCUUUUUGGAGGAGAUUUUGUCAAAGUAAAUGCUUUAGGUGGUGUUUCCAUCCCAAAUGUACCUGUCCUUCCACUUGAGGGCUCUGUAAUUUAUGAAAUUAUCAGGAGGAACAAGAAAGAGUUUCCAAGUCAAGAAAAGAAUGAGAUCACGUCAAAAGUGUCGUCACCGGUGCAUGAUGGUUUGCCUUUUGAAAAUGCUUUAGAACUGCCAUUAAAUGCAGGAACUCAUUCACCUAACAUUGAUGUGCAACAAGAGCAUGGGAGGAUAAAUGCUAUCUCACAGACACCGGUUCCUAAGCAAAAUGCUGAACUUACAGAAGUCAAGAUUGCUGAGACACCAGGUGACCAGGAAAAAGAUAUAACUUCUACAUUGGUGGGUGAAUCUAGCAAAAUUUUUAGUUGUGUGGAGCUAAGUCCCAGACUCACUCUUUUUAUCGAGAAAGGCAUUGUUCCUGAGUCACCUAUUUCUACUUGUAAAGUAGAUAAGGUUCAUGCUGGUCUGACAUCAGAUGAGUCUGCUAGCAUGCUUCAGAACAAAUUUCUGGUUGACAGGGCACCAUCUUCAACAGUAAUGUUAGACAAUGUAUUAAAGAAUGAACUACCCGCACUAUCUUCUAAUUCUCCUAAUGUCAGCAAGCUUUUAAGCAAAAUGGACUUAUACAACACCGAGGGAAAUGUGAUUGACAUGGACAUGAAAGAAUCAGCUUCUCCUUUAGUUGCAGAAAUGCAAACUCCUUUGAUUAAUCCAGUGACUAGCACCGAUGAGUGGCAAAUGAGUUCUGGAGGUGCAUCAAAAACAAUUAUGCAAGCCCCAAAGUAUAGAAGGUUAUGCAAAUAUGGAGAGAAAGUCAAAAGGCAAUCUUGUCGGACUUUGACAGAGAAGUACGAUUGCUUUGUGUCAAAAAGUACUGGACCUACUGUGUUGAGCAAACCAAAGGAAAUUGACUGUCACCAAGGUAGAAAGCAGAAGGCAAAUAAAUAUUUUGACAACUUCAUUGAAGAGGAAGCCGAGGUUUCUGAGGAUGCAGAAGUUUCCGUGGACGAGGAAGAUGAUGAACAUGAUGACAAAUACGAGGACAGUUUCAUAGAUGAUAGAACAAAUCCUACUGAAGCAAGUAGUCAGACAGAAAUUAAUGGAGGUGACAUGUUGGCCUUCUAUAGGCGCUCUCUUCUCACCCAGUCACCUAUGGAAACUCUGCCAAAAUGUUUGGUCGAUUCCGUUUCUUCUAGAGCUACUGGAAGUGGAAGCUGUUCAUCAGUGAAAGUUCAUAGUUCCCUUCAGACUCCUCAAAAUGGCCUACAAUCUUCAAACCAUUCUAGUGGUAGAUAUUCUAUAUCCUGCCAAGCGGACUCUAAGCAGGGCUAUCUGACAACAAUGUGCGGUCAAGAAAGUAGCAUCCAAAGAGAAUCAUCGAGUAAAUUGGAAAGCAGAAAAAGAAAGUUAAGCUUUCAUAAUGCUUGCUCCGUACCAGCUAGAAACUUCCAGCUCGAGAGCACUGUGCAUUCAGAACCCUUGGGCAAGGAAUUUUCACACUAUCAACCUGGGAGUACCGGAAUUGGCAAUGACGUGUUCUGCGAUGAUGAGUUCUAUCAGAGUAUUGAUCUUGAUGCAGUUGAAGCACAAGCUACUGAGCUCUUAAGGUACAAGUCCAGAUUACAUGUGGAUAAACCACCAGCAACAGUCCUUAAUAUUCCUGCAGAAAUCAAUGAAGUCAAUCAUCCUUCAUUUGACUUGGGAUUGUAAUUCUCGGGAGUGAUUGAUGCUUGUUUCUCCAUUUGAUGGGUACUGAAUAUUGCGGUGAUUGGUCUGGUACAAGCUUUCAGCACCCACUUUUGGCAGUCUCCACAGUUCUCGGAACACGCUAAGAAGGUUCAUGAGACCGGCCAGGAUUAAAAAUGCCUACUGCUCGAGGGCAUCGAGGGCAGCAGACUGAACAGCUUCGAUAACUGAACAUUUUAUCUAUAGAUCAUAUCAAGCUUUCGAUAAACGGAGAUGUUUUUGGCACGGUACCAACAUGUACAGGAAAACUGGUUUGCAAAUGAGCUGGCUACACAUGGAAGCAAAAGCAGAUGACUGAUGGAUUGGGUCUUCGGGAUGUAUUAUUAUUGAGCAUGUGUCCAGUGUAUUGUAGUCUGGCAAAAGCAGGCAAAGAAGAAUUAUUUGCAUGUAGAACUUGUAAAUUAUCGACUUUGUUACGGCGAAGAAGAAUAUAAAUCACAGUUUAAAUUACCGAUUCUGUA